GUAGACACCCGCACUAUCUCUCCUCUGCCCUCCUAGAGCACACCUUUGUACUAUUCUCCUCCCCUCCUUUUUGAGGCUCACAAGCCUCCUCUCCCUUCUGUCCAAUGUGUACACUGUGGUUAGUGUACAAGCUGAAGGCGACGCAGGCGAGAUGAUGCUGAUGUGACAUCCAUUUGGACUUCACUCUCCUUCUGGGCCCACUGAAGAAGACUGCUUCAAGUCUUCAGCACAGCAACCUGAGGAGCCUACGAAGCUUUCUCUAAUCACCCCUCUUUUCCUCUGCAGCCAAUUUCAUAUUUCAGAUUGCGGGAUUAAUGUAAGGCGAGUUCAAACAAUGAAUGCUAAAUUGCGUCAGGUGCUAGUGCCGGUCUGUCUUUUGGGAGUGUUCAUCUCUGUGGUGGACAGCAAAGGAACUUUCUAUGGAGGUCAUGUCAACCCUUUUUAUGGACACAGAUACAACAUGUUCAAGGCUGGAUUCAACCCACACCCAAACAAGCCUAUGACCCGACACAAGAACCACUGUGCCUAUGUGGUCCAGAAGAACAUCACAUGCACGAUGCAAGAUGGAGUAGCGACAUAUGUGAAGGCUGAGUACACAACCAAGUGCAUCUGGGGACAGAAGUGUCCUGUUGUCAUGUAUAGGAUGUUCCACAAACCAACAUACAAAGUGGGUUAUAAAACAGUGACUGAGCUGGAUUGGAGAUGUUGCCCCGGCUACUCCGGAGAAAACUGCUACGAAGGAUCCAUGUCAUUGCCUGACCUGAAACCCCCUUUCAAGGGGGCAGCUUUGCCCCAUCGCCCCGGGUUCAAGGGCGGUCCGAGAGUUCCUGUUGACCAGAAGCCUGGGGGAGCACAGCUGGAGCCAGGAAAUUACUACCCCAAUGUAGAUCAUCACAGACCAAUACCCAGUGGACAGCUACCUGUGGGAAAUGGAAAAUCAAAUACAGGUAACAAUUUUUGGAUUUCUGGCGUGAGCGGCGAACGACUGGACCGUAUGGAGGAUGAUUUACGACGCCUCACUCAGGGUUUCGACACUCUCAAUGGGGUGGUGGCCGGUCUAGAGGACCGACUGCGUGCUUCUCUUCGAGAAGACACCAACAAGAUCCUCGUGUCACUCCUGCCAAACCCGUCACGUGGACAUGACGCCGCUGUGGGGUUUGGGGCGAUCCCAAUAGGGGAUCCUGGUGGGCUGGGAGGGGAAGAAAAUUUUAAGAGAAUUGGGGAUCUUGCUGGAAGGGUGACUGAAGUGAAGGAUGAGCUACGAGCAAAGACACAUAUAUUAGAGGAGAUCCAGGGAAUGGUUUUAGGUCAUGACGGGCAACUCAAGAGACUUCUGGAAGGAGUAAGAGGAAGGCCCAUCCCUGGCCCUGGUUCGGCUCAUCUAGAUAGCAUUCUCGAGACCAAACUAGCCGGGAUCCAAGCAGAGAUCCUUGAUGGAUUUGAACGCCGACUUUCUCGUCUGGAGGACCAAUGUGAGGAGAAAAUCGGGGCCGUGCAGAGACAGUGCCACAGGGAGCACAUGGAUGGCCAAGAACAGAUGCAGCAGUCCCUUGAUGGAAGAGAAACUGGGCUCAGGGCAGAGUUGGGCUCUUUGCAGGCACAGAUCCAAGGCCUAACUCUCACAGAGAGCUGCUGUGGACAGGUAAACAGCCUCUCUCAGCGUGUGCUGCUACUGGAGGAGUCUGUAAAAGAAAUCACUGAAUCACAGCGACAGCUCCAAUCAGCACUCCGCGAGCAGAGCAUUCACGUGGAGACGCUGAUUGAGACCCGCUUAGUAGAACUAGAAGGCCGCCGAAACACAACAGAAGGUGGAGUGGUUGGCCUCGAUGGCUUCGAGAGGCUAGAGGACAAGUUGAAGACUCUAGAGGAGAGGGUGUCUGUGGCUGUGGAGGAGCUGAACAAUGCCACUGCACCAGCACUCUUGGAGGGCCAGGUUGUCCCACCACUAAAAACAGAUAUCGAGUCUGUGAAGAGAAGAUUAGAUACUAAUCUUGAUGGCAUUGAAAAACGCUUAGUAGACCUGGAGCUCCUUUGCACCUCCUGCUCACCUUCUGCUCCUCCAGCAGGAGGUGUCAGAGUUGGUGAAGUGGAAGGGGAGUGUGAGGACAUCGAGAAUAAGAUGACCAAUCGGCUGGACUCUCAUUCAGACCAGCUGGACCGCCUGAAUAGCACACUGAAGAACUUACUUUUGCGCAUCGCCCAGGAAGAGGCAGCAGACUCCGUCUACGGUGAGAUCACCCUGCUGAAGGUCAACAUCAACUCUGUGAACCGCACUCUCAAGGGACUAAAGGACUCUAUAAGUUUCAUCGCAAGUGAAGUAGGUCAUGCCAAUUCCUCGUGGGAACAACGGGAACAAGCACUGGUAAAUCAGGUGCAAGGAAUCACCAAACUUGUGGGCCACCAAGCCUCUCUCGUGGGAUCCGGGGAGAGGCGUUUGGCCCAACUGAAGGGAGAACUUGCAGCAUUGAAGAGACAGCUCACCGGGGGGCUUCAAGGCUGCCGUACCACAGCGAAAGAAGUUCAGAAAGAGGUAAAGGACGUUGAUAGCAGGGUAAGCCAGGUGGAGGGCCAGUGCAACAACUUGGGGGAGCUGGCAGAGCAGUUGGAAAGGAUCAGGGCAGAGCUCGAGAGACAUUCGGACUCUUACCUGGCUCAGAUGAACGGCACCCUCUCCAUCCAUUCAGAGCAGCUCUCUAAGCUGAAAGGGGAAGUCAAAGACAAUAUGCCAGAGCAUGGCGCAACCCCAAACGUAGACCAGUAGCAUCUGAGCAUCUAAUUGAAUAAUAAUAACAAUGAUGAAGACGCUAAAAUGACAUCUUCCCAUUAUCCCCGCAUUCCAUUCCUUUCAGCACAUAUGAAAAUUAAUUGGAAUCCAUUUUCCAUAAGCACCUUGCUCCAGUGCCUCCAGAUGACCUGCUUAUGUAGUUCAGCCAGGUGGAAAGAACACAUUUCAAAGACACACCUAUGGCUGUGGAGUUGAACCAUGUUUUAGUUGAUGAACACACACUCAUAUAUAUUUUUUUAACUUAUAUGAUGAGGACAUUGUUUUGAUAUGUUUGUAUUAGGAGAUGUUUGUGUGAGAAUGCUAAACAUAAUUAAAGACCGUGGACUACUAUGUCGCUGUCAGAGAAGCUCAAGUUCGAACUCCGAGACAAGUGUUACCUCGAUAGCUAGAUUAGUGAAAUAAAUACGACCACAACCAUGAAUUUAGUAGGUUUUAGUACAAGAGCUCUUGGGUACAGACGCGGAUAACACACAAAGCGCCUCUCCGCAUGUGGACAAAAGAGAGAUACAGGGCAUCCCUCUAUUUAUGGGUCGACACCAUAGAAACAAAAUCGAAACUCAGUAAAAACAUCUUAAAUUACAGAAAAACAUCUCUCAUAGGGGAAAACCACCUUAAGCUGUAACCUUGAAUCAGCAGCUGUGGGCAGGAAGAAGUUUGAUAAGCCACAGUUGCCACAUUGUAUUCAUUCAGGGCAUUUUGGAAACAACAGGAACAUGACAGUCCAUAUUUGGGCAUAUUGACUCAGUCUACAAUCGUCAAGGCUAUAAGAAGGCCCACUCAAAAAGAUUAGAACAGAUUAUUUUAACAAUGAUACUCUAUGCUAUAAUGUUCUCAUGCAAGCAUAACAAAAGGAUUCAACAUAUAAUAUAUAAUGGUUGUGUUUUAAGCAUGAAUAAAUUCUCUCACAGUCGCGAUGGGUUUCUCAUUAGAAGCACACCCAUUACCUUCUGUGUGGACAACUGUGUGGAUUUUAUAUCAAUGUGGUGCUAUUUAAAUUUUUGUAAAUGUCUGCUUGUAUACAUGAUUGAUUGUGUCGGUUUGGUGAGGUUACGCAAUGUUCAUGAGGAUCGGAGACAACACUUCACUGGCUGAGAAAUAAAAUCCCAA